AUGUCAAACCCCCUCGAUACCGAUGCCGGCUCCGAGCUAUUCAGUAGUUACGAGGCCGAGCUUAAACUCGUUCAAGCGGAUCUCAGCCAGAAGUUGGACCAGAUUCCAGACCUAACCGGGGAACCAAGAAAAGCAGCCAUCAGCCAGGCAGAACGAGCAGUAGAGGAGGCGAACGAAUUGCUCGAUUCCAUGCGCCUUGAGAAGUCCAAUAUUCCUUCUGCGACCCGCACGAAAGUAAACCAACGCUUCCGAAACCACGAAUCCGAUGUUGACGCCGCGAAACGGAAGUUACGCUCCUUCGCAGAUGAUCGAUCGGCUUUGUUUGCUUCGCGAUACUCGGACAAUCCAAAUGAUGUACAACUGGAACAGAGACAGCAGCUCUUGUCAGGAACCGAUAGACUUGAUCGAAGCUCUCAAAGAUUACGGGCCAGUCAAGCGUUGGCCUACGAAACCGAAGCUAUCGGUGCAAGUACCCUCUCAGAUUUGGCUCAGCAACGUGAAGUCAUUCAGCACACGAACGACGUGCUACUAGAAAGUGAGGGAUACGUGGAUAGAAGUGUCAAAACGCUGCGCGGUAUGGCUCGAUGGCUACAAAUCGGAUUAUAA